GGUUGAGACUCUAUAUUUGUAAAAACCCAAAGGUAGAGAGAAGAAUUUAAAAAGUGAAGCGACAGCUUGUGGAAAAACAGGUGCAUUGGGCUUAGAAAAUUUGGAAAGCGAUCUGAGGGAACAGUGUGGAAAGGAAGACUAAGGAGGCUGCAGGCAGGAAAUGGUUUGACAUGCAAGCAGCAGCAGGUAAUGGUGCUCUGUGAGCGGUGCCAAUACUAUUAAGAGAGGCAGAAAGCAAGUUGAUGAGAUCCAUUUAAAUCCAUCCCUCCUGAAAGCAGAUAGUACUAUUUAUUAUGUCCUGCUAGCUACUACUACUGAGAGAGCUGAGGAAGAACCGAAGAAGAAUGGAGAGCUCUGAAAAGGGAGAGAAGCCUCGCACUGUCGCCUUCACUCGGCUCUUCAGAUUUGCGGAUGGCCUGGACUAUGUUCUCAUGGGAAUUGGAAGCGUGGGUGCCUUUGUUCAUGGCCUCUCACUGCCUCUGUUCCUUAGGUUCUUUGCUGAUCUAGUUAAUUCCUUUGGCUCUUACGCCAACGAUGUUGAUAAAAUGACCCAAGAAGUUUUGAAGUAUGCAUUCUACUUUCUCGUAGUUGGAGCUGCAACCUGGGCAUCUUCUUGGGCAGAAAUUUCAUGUUGGAUGUGGACCGGAGAGAGACAAUCCACCAAAAUGAGGAUAGUGUACUUAGAGGCUGCCCUGAACCAGGACAUUCAAUAUUUUGAUACUGAGGUCAGGACGUCUGAUGUUGUUAAUGCCAUCAACGCAGAUGCCGUCACCGUCCAAGAAGCUAUUAGUGAGAAGUUGGGGAAUUUCAUUCAUUAUAUGGCAACAUUCGUGUCUGGUUUUGCGGUUGGGUUCACAGCUGUGUGGCAAUUAGCUUUGGCCACUCUAGCCGUAGUUCCUGUCAUAGUUGUGGUUGCCGCAGUUUGUUCUAUGAAAUCCGGGAACCUCUCUAAAGAGAGCCAAGUAGCCAUGUCUGAAGCUGGCAACACCGUUGAACAGACAGUAAGUCAAAUCAGAACGGUGCUGGCAUUCGUUGGGGAGUCAAGGGCAUUAAAUUCAUACUCAGCAGCUCUGAAAAAGGCUCAGAAGAUUGGGUACAAGAUUGGGUUUUCCAAAGGUCUGCUACCCGGAGCUACAUACUUUGCGGUUUUCUGCUGUUUCGCACUUUUACUGUGGUAUGGAGGCUACUUGGUUAGGCACCAUUUAACAAACGGAGGACUUGCAAUAUCCACAACUUUUGCUGUAAUGAUUGGUGGAAUAGGAUUAGCUCAAUCUCACCCAAGUAUCACAGCAUUUACAAAUGCUAAAGCGGCAGCAGAAAGAAUUUUCAGCAUAAUAGAUCACAAGCCGGGUGUUGAGAAAAACAAUGAAACAGGUUUGGAAUUGGAAUCUAUUACUGGACAAUUGGAGCUGAAGAAUGUGGAUUUCUCCUACCCUUCAAGGCCAGAUAUUCAAAUUCUGAACAAUCUAUGUCUUACUAUUCCUGCCGGGAAGACGGUGGCUUUGGUUGGAAGCAGCGGUUCUGGAAAAAGCACUGUAGUAUCUCUCAUUGAGAGGUUCUAUGAUCCCACCUCAGGACAAGUUCUACUGGAUGGGCAUGAUUUGAAGAUGAUAAAGCUGAGAUGGUUGAGACAACAAAUUGGGCUUGUAAGCCAAGAGCCAGCACUAUUUGCCACCACCAUCAAAGAAAACAUAUUAAUGGGUAGGCCUGGUGCUAGUGAUGCUGAGGUGGAAUCGGCUGCCCGAGUUGCUAAUGCCCAUUCUUUCAUAACCAAGCUUCCUGAUGGCUUCGAUACUCAGGUAGGAGAGAGAGGAUUACAGUUAUCAGGUGGGCAAAAACAGAGAAUAGCUAUAGCAAGGGCAAUGCUUAGGAACCCGGUGAUCCUUCUCUUGGAUGAGGCAACAAGUGCAUUAGACUCUGAGUCAGAAAAGCUAGUGCAAGAGGCUCUAGACAGGUUCAUGAUGGGAAGGACAACACUUGUCAUUGCACAUCGGCUAUCCACCAUCCGUAAAGCUGACCUUGUGGUGGUUCUACAGCAAGGUUGUGUGUCUGAAAUGGGAACCCAUGAUGAGCUCAUUCACAAAGGAGAAAAUGGUGUGUAUGCCAAGCUCAUCAAAAUACAAGAAACCGCUCAUGAAACAAUUAUGAAUAACUCCAGAAAGAGUAGUGCAAGGCCAUCCAGUGCCAGAAACUCUGUGAGCUCUCCAAUAAUGACAAGAAACUCUUCCUAUGGGAAAUCACCAUAUUCUCGCCAGUUGUCCGACUUCUCAACUUCUGACUUAAGCUUCUCAUUGGAUGGUGGGUAUCGACAGGAGAAACUUGCAUUCAAGGAUCAAGCAAAUUCCUUCUGGCGGCUUGCCAAAAUGAACUCUCCGGAGUGGGGUUAUGCAGUCAUCGGUUCCAUAGGCUCUAUCAUCUCUGGUUCCCUCAGUGCACUCUUUGCCUAUGUCCUGAGUGCUGUUCUUAGCAUCUACUACAACCCAGACUAUGAUUACAUGAGUAGAGAAAUAGCCAAGUAUUGUUACCUCUUAAUUGGCGUCUCAUCUGCUGCUCUUAUUUUCAAUACAAUACAACAUCUGUUCUGGAAUAUUGUGGGAGAGAACUUGACGAAAAGAGUAAGGGAGAAAAUGCUGACGGCAGUGCUUAAAAACGAAUUGGCAUGGUUUGACCAGGAGGAAAACGAGAGUUCUAUGGUUGCAGCAAGGCUUUCCCUUGAUGCAAACAAUGUUAGAUCAGCCAUUGGGGACCGAAUCUCAGUAGUUAUGCAGAACUUAGCUCUUAUGCUAGUUGCAUUCACUGCAGGCUUUGUGUUGCAAUGGCGCCUAUCCCUUGUAUUAGUGGGUGUUUUCCCUGUGGUUGUUGCUGCAACGGUGCUGCAGAAAAUGUUCAUACAAGGAUUCUCUGGUGAUUUGGAAGCAGCUCAUGCCAAAGGGACACAGCUAGCUGGAGAAGCUGUUGCCAAUGUGAGAACGGUUGCUGCAUUUAACUCGGAGUCGAAAAUUGUCAGUCUUUACACUACCAACCUCCAGAAUCCACUCAGGCGAUGCUUUUGGAAAGGACAAAUUGCUGGCAUCGGAUUCGGAGUAGCCCAGUUCUUGCUCUAUGCUUCCUAUGCCCUGGGUUUAUGGUAUGCCUCCUGGCUUGUGAAGCAUCGAAUCUCCGAUUUCUCCCAGACAAUCCGCGUUUUCAUAGUCCUCAUGAUAUCUGCGAAUGGGGCAGCUGAGACACUGACCCUGGCCCCUGAGUUCAGUAAAGGCGGUCGGGCAAUGAGGUCAGUUUUUGACCUGCUUGACCGAAAAACAGAAAUUGAGCCUGAUGACCCAGAUGCGGCCCCUGUCGUUGACAAACUCCGUGGUGAGGUUGAAUUGAAGCACGUUGACUUCUCAUACCCCUCCCGGCCUGACAUCCUCAUAUUCAAGGACUUAAGUCUCCGUGCCCGAGCAGGCAAAACUUUGGCUCUUGUGGGGCCCAGUGGUUGUGGGAAAAGCUCCGUGAUCUCCCUUGUGGAGAGGUUCUAUGAGCCGACGUCCGGACACGUCUUGAUCGAUGGAAAAGACAUCAGGAAAUACAACCUGAUGUCUUUGCGACGCCACAUCUCCGUUGUCCCACAAGAACCUUGCCUCUUUGCCUCAACGAUAUAUGAAAACAUCGCAUACGGACACGAAUCGGCAACUGAAGCAGAGGUCGUUGAGGCUGCCACAUCAGCGAACGCUCACGGUUUCAUAUCGGCGUUGCCAGACGGGUACAAGACAUAUGUGGGGGAAAGAGGGGCCCAGCUGUCGGGAGGGCAGAAGCAGAGGAUCGCAAUCGCACGAGCAUUCUUGAGGAAAGGAGACGUGAUGCUAUUGGACGAAGCGACGAGCGCGCUGGAUGCAGAGUCGGAGAAGUGCGUGCAGGAAGCACUGGAGCGGACAUGUGUGGGGAAGACGACGAUUGUGGUCGCGCACAGGUUGUCCACAAUCAUGAAUGCCCAUGUGAUUGCAGUGAUAGACGAUGGGAAAGUAGCAGAGCAGGGCUCUCACUCCCAUCUCUUGAAACACUGCCCUGAUGGCAUUUAUGCACGCAUGAUACAACUACAACGGUUCACACAGGGCCAAGCACUACACAUUGCAUCCUCAACGUCUUAAUUUUCACAGCAGCAGAGAUUCAGAGUUGCCACUGUGUAUUUAUCUAAUCUAAUACGGAGUAUUUCACAAUAACAGUAAUAAUAUAUACGGAGAAUUUAUGUUUUGGCUCCGUCGAAUGAUGGCAGACUGUCAUUAAUUGAUGAACAACGAUGUCACAAUUGUUUUACUGUAUGUGAUAUAUAUGUACACACACAUUGGUACUUUGUUAGGCUGUUUAGGAAUAUUACUAUUUACUAACAUCAGCAUGUAUGGAUGGUGAACGCUUAUCCUCCUUGUCAUGAUGAGUGUCAGUCUAUUACAUUUGUUACCCUGUAUUUCAUUGCCUC